AACGAUUUUAGGUCUAGGUUUUUCCCACCGCUUCCAUUGCUUUAUUUCCUUCCUUCUCCGGCGGAAAUUGCAGAGAUUUUACGAAGAUGGCACGGAGGCCUAUAAGGCGCCGCCCAACCUAUCAGCCGCUGACUUUUUCGUCAUUUGCUCGUCUAAUUGCUUCGCUCACAAAUACCAAUAACAUGUUCAACCGCCAAAGGCGUCGCUCCAAUUUCCACGACAACACUAUGGAUGUCAAAUUCCAACAACAGGCCGAGUCUUCUGAUUCUUCUGAUGAGGAACAGUCCAAUGGUGAAGUACGAGCAGAUUUUUUGUUCUUUGAUCCAAAACCUGAGGAUUUUCAUGGAAUAAAGACGUUGCUUCAGACCUACCUUGACAAUAAAUCAUGGGAUUUGAGUGGUUUUGUGGAUUUGAUACUGGGGCAGACCACGGUAGGUUCUGUUGUUAAACUAGAGGAUGACGAAGAUAAUGGGAUUUUCUCUGUUGUUUCUGCCCUUAACUUGGGCAGGUACAAGGAUAAUAAAUGCAUCCAGGAGCUCAAGGAAUAUCUUCUUAGAGUUUGUAAGGAGAAGGAUGUUAUAGAUAAGUUGAGAUCACUUUUGGGAGAGAAAGCACAUAGUGUUGGUCUCUUGGUCUCUCAGCGUGUGAUGAAUCUGCCUCCCCAGCUCUUCCCACCUAUUUAUGAUGGUCUCUUUAAAGAAGUCUCCUGGGCUACAGAAGAUGAGCCCACAGAGGAGCUUCGGAAUUCCUUCCGCUUUAAGUUUUAUAUCGUUGUCAGUAAAAUUUACAAGCGCAAAAACUUAAAUGAGAAAAAGAGGCAUAAAAGUGACUACGAUGAGGCAACAAUAUAUACAAAGCCAGAAGAUGAAAUUUUUCACAAGUUAAGCUUGUGGUCCUUCGAUUUUCCUUUGCAAACUCAGCAGGUUAACCAUGAGCUAAGGAACUACCAGCCAAUGGGGUUAGUAAUGGCUGUUGAAGCAGACAAGAUUUCUGCAUUUCAACAAGAGUUGAGAUCUUUAAUAGUAGAUGAGUCUCUGAUAGAAAAUCAAUCCUAAGGUGUUAGAAUAUGGUGCAACUGCAUUUCCAUCAUCUGCAUUUUAUGCUUUCGGUAAACAUAAUAUAUAUAUAUAUAUAUGUAUCUCCCAAAGCUUUGAAUUCUGUUAAAGUCUCCGGAUAUUUGUGGUUGGCUGUGCCAAGUUUUGAUACCAUAAAGAAAAACAAAUAUGGUCCUCAUACAGAGCUAUGAUU